UGCCUUUCACUACUCGCUCUCGUUUAUUAUUAGCUCUCUUUGGAUCCGGCAGCAGGGAUUCUUCUUCAUCUUCUCUUCUUUUUGUCUUCUCCCUUCUUCACUUCCGCGCUACCGGGGCUUCAGGUGGCUACGCGGCGGUUUUUCGGCUCGAUGGAAGCCGUUACUGUCGGUUAGGCAGGACUCAAUUGAUGGGCCCUUCGUUUGUCUUCUUCUUCUCCUUCUUAAUUUGAAGCCGUCGGUAACGGAGCGCCCUGCUGCGCUUCUGCGCCCUCCUUUUCCUCCUUUCUCCUCCUCCUCUCUGCCGCCACCCCGAUGUUUAAGACGGCCAAUUACCCGACGGUGGACCCGGCGCCCGCCAUCAUGCACGGCACCUGGUUUGCCACGGGGUGCCGAGAAACGCCCGCGGCGCUGGAGAAGCCGAAGAAGACGAAGGCGGCGGCGUUCAGCCUGGUCAAAAUCAUGUCCCUCGGCAACAAGAAGGAACACGGCCAGCACAACAACAACAACCAACAACAACAGUACCAACACCACAACCACCGCCAGCACCACCAGCACAACAACAACAACCUGCCCUUCGCCAUCCACUGUCACAUCGGGAAGGAGAUCAAACACAUCUGCAGCAACUGCAGCCGCGGCGCCGACACGCAGGACGCUGAGGAAGUGGAGAGGCUGGCCGCCAUGCGCUCCGAGUCCUUUCUCUCCGGCUCCCACACUCCACCCAUCCGCCGCCGCAGCAAGUUUGCCACUCUGGGACGCCUCCUCAAGCCCUGGAAGUGGAGGAAGAAGAAGAGUGAGAAGUUCAAGCAGACAUCCGUUGCUCUGGAGAGGAAGAUGUCGAUGCGACAGAGCCGCGACGAGUUGAUCAAGAGAGGAGUGCUCAAAGAGAUCUUUGAAAAAGCAACCGUUAAUCCAGUAAUCCAGUUCGGAUCCUCGAUGGACGGCCGAGUCUGCGCUCAGGAGCCCUCCAUCAAGUCGUGCAUGGUCCCGCCCGGCAAGAAAUGCGUCAGCUACUCGGGUGACCUUCAGGAUAAACCCGCCAAGCCGCCGCUGUACCACAAGAAGCCUCCCGCGCUCCCUCCCAAGCCUUUCUCUCGGAUCUCAAACCACAGCACGGAUUCUUGCCAGCCGAUGAAGUUGCCCUUCAUGCCCGGGGGAAAGCACUCCCCGCCUCUGCCUCCCAAGAAAGUGAUGAUCUGUGUGCCUCUGGGGGGGGGACUGGACUCCUCCCCGUCUCCUUCCCCCAACCCCCUCUCCCAGAAGGGCGUGCCCCUCCACUACGGCCCCUUGCUGCCCUCCCAGCUGGUCGCGUUGUCCGGCCUCCACCGCGGCCGCGGCCACCCGCUGCAGUACGGCGGCCUGCACGCGCCCAGCCGCAUCAUCGAGGAGCUCAACAAAACGCUGGCGCUCUCCAUGCAGAGGUUCGAAAGCUCGGCGCUGCACGGCGUCGGCCAGUGUUUCCCCUUGGACCGGAGAGAAGCGCCGUCGGUGAUCCUCGACUACGAGGACGACAAGGAGAACAUGCCCAACGAGUGCGACUACGAGGACCUGCCCAGCAUGUACAAGCACGAGGACGACGAGGACGACGAGGAGGAGGACGACGACGACGACAACUUGUUUACAAGUUGCCUGGCGCAGAAGGUGCUGAGGAAAGACACUCUGGCCAUCAAGCUGAGCAACCGACCCUCCAAAACAGAGCUGGAGGACAAGAACAUCCUGCCCAUGCAGACGGAUGAGGAGAGGGUGGAGUCCAGGCAGCAGAUCGGCACCAAACUCACAAGGCGCUUGAGUCAGAGGCCCACGGUGGAGGAGCUGGAGCAGAGGAACAUCCUCAAGCCUCGCAAUGAGCUGGAGGAAAUGGAGGAGAAGAGGGAGAUAAAACGCCGGCUAACGCGAAAGCUGAGCCAGAGGCCCACGGUGGAGGAGCUGCGGCAGGCCAAGAUCCUCCAGUUCAGUGACUACGUGGAGGUGUCGGACGCCCAGGACUACGACCGGCGGGCGGAUAAGCCCUGGACCCGGCUCACCGCCGCCGACAAGGCGGCGAUACGGAAAGAGCUCAACGACUUCAAGAGCCACGAGAUGGAGGUGCACGAGUCGAGUCGCCAUUUAACCAGGUUUCACAGACCAUAGAAGACCACCACUGUCUUGAGCGGUGCCGGACCGACGCUCUCCUCCACUGAGAACCUUAAGUGCCGGGCAGUAAAAAAAAAAAAAAUGGCGCCCAUUUCUACAAUAAGGCCAUUGUCUUCUGAAAUGCCUUCGUCCAAGACCCACACACGGCUGAGUCGGCACGACGCUCAGGAGACGCAGACACCCACCACUCCGUCCACUGUAGUAGCACACGGAUGACUCCAGCUGACCCCACCCACACACACGCGUACGCACACACACACGCACACACACACACACACACACUCAAACCCCCCCUUGGGGGAGUUAGUUCGACCGCUUUUGUUCGCUGUUGAUUUGACACUUCCGAGGUCUGCCGAGGGUUCAUCGGCAACACCCGUGGACUCGUCGCAGUGGACGUGGUUUUAACCCCCCCCCCCCAGAACUAUAGAACUCUGUGCCAGGACGUCGGCUCGAUUUCUCUGGCGCUCGCCGCAUCGGAAGGAGGUCCAUCUUUACUGCACCUGCCGGGACUUAAAGACAGGACCCGCAGGAGGAGGACGUCAGGAUCAGUGCAAUAUUUUCUUUCCUCUGCUUUUCUGAGGCUAUAUCGCCCCCUAGAGUCCCCUCUGUGUCAUUACUAUGUAGUUCAGACUUCUAUUUACCCCCCCCCCCUCCCCUAUGUGCAAUUCUCACUGUACCGACAAUGUUGACGUCUAAUUGCUGACUGUGAAUUUGAGACAGUGGGCGACGCCCCCUCUCUCUCUCUCUUUCUCUCUCUCUCGCUCUCUCUCCAAAUGUACAUUUUGUUUAUACUGAAGAAGAAAAGUUGCAUUUUAAGGAAGAAUCACACUUGACAAGAGUGUCACUCAAACCUUUGAGUUUAGCGUGAGAGUCGCAGGCCGGCGGAUGCGUUCUGGCUCCAGUGUGCUCCACAACGAUCCGUUUUAUAUAUAAUUUUUCCGAUGGAGGCACUUUGGACCGCGAGUUAUUGAUUUGUGUGUUUUUACAUGUCCCGGCUCUGUGGAUUGGAAACUGGCCACCAGGAGCUGGCUCGUCACGUUGUUUCUCCCGUCCUCUUUUUAUUUUUGUACAUGUGCGUUUACAGCGUUUGUGACGAUAUUUGCUCAUAAUGUACAUUGUAUUAUACACUUUACUUUUUUUUAAACUUAUGUUAUUAGACGCUUUUUUGACUAAGCAAUAUGCAUUGUUUGUAGAGAACAAGGUUAAACUGCAGGUGUUCCCUCCGCCCCUUUUUAACCGUGCUCGCGCACUCCGUCACACUUCAGGGUUCUGCUCUUCUUUCCUCCUCGAGGAAGGCUUUAUUCUGUGUUUCUCUUCACUGAGCCUCCAAAAACAAACAAAAACAUCCGCCUCCUGCACAGGUUUCCAAUGCAUUCAGACACGAUUUGACGCCGUCUCAAAUCCACAAUUGAACACGAUGCAAUCUCAAUUUUUGAAACGGGAGUCCAGGUAAGAAGCGUUUAGUCAGGAUUUUUAAAUUUGUAUCGCUGGAAUUGUUUGCACUGUUUUUGGCUUUACGGCGCUCACUGUUUUUAAGCGUAAAGUAUUGUUGGGCGUCUGAUCCGUGAGACAUCUCGUCAACGGUCUCGUCCCCCGACCGCUGAUCCCACACCAGUAUUCCAAUGCUCAUAAGCUUCAUGUACACGGACGAUUUUGUAUAUAUUUUUUUUUUACUGUAUUACUUUUCGAGUUGCAAUAUAAACUUCUUUGUUUGUCAGGUGACGAAAAGGCUGUCGGACGCCCACCGUGAAGGAAAAUGUGUUCUCCCUUUUUAUUGUCACGGUCUCGAUGGGACCGUGACAAUAAAUGGAAGGCCCAAUAAAACCCGGGGGAGGGGGGGGGAAGACAUCGAAAAUUGUCUUGCACUUUAUGGUUUUUAUGUGAAAGAAUGGGGGCUUUGUUACCGUUGGGAGCCGUUGAUCCUCUGAAUCAGGACGCCGGUUAUCCUCGUGUCACCCCUUUUUGUAAAAUCAAUAUUUCAUCGGGUCAUCUAAUCUCGGAGGCUUUGAAAUAUGAGGUCAUGUCUGUGUUUAGAAGCAGCUUCUGUGUGAUUCCAGCAUCAUGACACCGAUUUUUGAAAUGUUACCAUCCACGGGGGUUUUUCGGUACACUUGUGAGCAUAAAUAGGAAUUAACUACGCGAAUACUACGUCGGCACGAGGACGCCGACCUGAGCCGCGGGGCGGAGCACGAGGGUUUCCAUUUUGCUGGAAUCAAAAGGGACAUGAAUUCAGCAAUAAUCUUUCCUUUUACAUGUUGAUGGAGCAACUGAACCAAUUUUUGUUUGUUUUUUUGGAAAUACAGAAUAACAUGUAAAGGAUACAUCAUGCCAAUUAAAUCCCAUUUCUGAAUGCA